GAAGAAAUUGAGAAUUACGAGUUUUUCACUCUGAUUUAGAAAAAAUGAAAUUUCUCAGCAACAAAACAAAAUUUUAAAAAAGCGUCGAGUACUUUUUUCCUACAAGUAUAUUGAUUAGAAGAAAAUAACAAUUAAUAUUUAGUCUUUCAAUGAAAAAAAACCAGAUACAUUUGAAACUUCACAAUAGGAUUUUUAUGAUUCUGCUCCUGUUUCGUGGAUUUAGCGGUCGGUUUCAACUGUAUGAAAAAUUUUCUUGUUUUUGACAAUUUCACGGUUUUUGCUUAUUUUCAAAAAGUGAAGUAUUUUUAAAUUUUUUCACCAAAAAACGGCUUCUUAAAAUGUGGGGUUGUAUUUUUCCGAUGCAACUCGAUGAGUUCUAUCCAACCAUACCAAAAACAAACAGAAAAAUCACCUUACAUACAUGUCAGCUGUUUCUAUACAUCACGUUUGAUAAAACAACGUGGAUAGAGAUACGAACGAAUAUAACAGGAUCUGUUAAAGUAUGUAAACACGAAUGAAGUCGGAGCUACGAUUGCCGACAUAUUGUUUUCCGAACUACAUGAUAGUUUUUUACUCAAGUUUUUGCUGGAAAAUCAACAACUUUUAUUUUCUAAAGCGUGCAAACUUCAUGACAACAAUCAAAACAAUCGUAGAAUAAUAUAGCGCUGUCAAAUAUGUAGUAUUUGCAUAUUCAUACAGACGAGCAACAAAAGAUUUUGUCUUUGCCAUAUGCUUUUGGCCGGCGUCCCUACUGAACUAUACGCUACAUUUUGUAAAUCAUUAUAAAAUAAACUAUUAUGAGAUCAAGUGUAAUCUGCAGAUUUACUGCAAAGAAACUGGACAGACGUUGCAAAGAGUUUUUUUACAGAUCUGUGGGCGAAUCUUGGGACAUCUGCAGUGCGGAAUAUUUGUAGAAACUGCAAAAAAUUUUGCACAUCGAAUGUUUUUGGAAAUCUGAUAUGUUAUGAGAAAGUUUAAGGUUUUCAUUCAUGCCUUUUCACAUGUAAUUUUACUUCAUCUAUCCAGGAUUUUGCGAUUCAUUUAUCAUAUUUUUCUACCUAGAUCUACUAUAUUCUGUUUUUGGCUCUAUUCAGUUUUGUUUUACUUGUUGAUUAUUUUCCAUUGAAUAAAAACAAUGGUAAACGUAAUGGUUUUGAAGACUUGUACAUUCCAAUAACUGAAAUAAUCCUUCACGUCUGCAUGUGGUGUCUAAUUACUGAAGAAAUACGAGAUUUUCAGCAGUAUUGGACACGUGGAUCAAGUAAUCAAAUGAGUAUCCGUCGACGCGUUUGGAAGUAUUUUGAUGAUGAUAAAUGGAAUUUUCUGGAUGCUAUAGCUAUUUUAACCUAUCUGAUUGGUUUCGGUACACGAUUUACUGUUACUGAAGAGGUGUUCAUUGUAUCAAAAAUUUUUAUGGUAAUUGAUUUAUUCUUGUGGUAUAUUCGUAUGCUUCAAGUAUUUUCAGCAUACAAGAGACUUGGACCAAAAUUAUUAAUGAUCUUUCAUACGAUGAAAGAUUUGCUUUUUUUCAUUUUUUUCAUUCUAAUCUUCUUAUUUGGUUAUUCUAUCACAUCCUAUGCAUUAAUUACAACUAAAAAUCAAGUACAUUGGAACAAAACUGUAAAUGGUGGGUUCUAUCUAGAGAAUGAGGGUACAAAUUUAUGGAGAUGGUCAUUGUUAAGAAAUGUUCUUGACUGGGGCAUGUGGAAAAUUUAUGGUGAAAUUGACUUACUCGAUGUUAACGAACCUGAUGGUACUUCAAUCAGUGCGUUCCGACAUUUGAGCGACCGACAUUUGAGCGCCCCGACAUUUGAGCGACCAACACUUGAGCGACCGACAGUUGAGCGACCCCGACAUUUGAGUAAUAACGACAGUUCAGCACCAAGUGCUCACCCUCACCCCCACCCACCCUUACCCUACACAGCCUCACCCUCUACUGAUCUCCAAAUAAUUCAGUUCAAAAUCGGACGACAAAAAAAUUAUUCUGAUCAUCGUUAUCGAAGUGAAUAA